CUCUCUUCAUCUCGCAGCUCCAACUACACUUCUCAUACGUCAACAGCUGCCGAAUUAUUUUACCACCACUGGGCUCAUUGUAUUUAAUUUGCGAAUAUUCCCUAUAAACCUUUCUUAUGCAUUACCAGGCCCUCUUUAUUCAUAGCGUUUUCAACGCAGGAUUGACCUCUAGCGGUCAAACUCUAGCGAUCAUCACAUCUAUCAGCCGGCGCUCUUGCCCCCUGGGUGUUUGAAGAUCUCGCAGACUAUCUAUAAUCGAUUGACUAUUAUAAACACUCUUUCUCUUGGUGGACUUGCUUGCUAUAUAUCCCUGCCUAGCUGGGAGGUCCGCCUCCGCAGGAAGUGACAGCUUUGGAUUUUGUGUUCAUCUACUCAAAAAUUCGGAGAUAGGCUGCUUACUAUCUAUCUAUAUAUACCUCUAUACCGUCGCAUGAAGUCGUUUUAAGUUUCAAUCAUAACGACAUGGAUACGCACAUGGGCUUAGGUGGUAAUGGCGCACCACCCAGCUCCUUGUCAGCACCUGUUCCCGCCGGGCCUGCUGCUAUUGGUGUUGACAACAGUUCCAGUGGCCAGGAGAAGGGCGUUUUACUUUCGUCAAAUGAGGAUUGGGAUUCAGAGAGCAAACUGGUAACAGCCUUGUCAAUGUUACAACAGAUGGAAGCAAAGAUUCAUGGGCUCCGAACUCUCGUCCCAAACCGCUUGCUUUCUCCAUUGAUUCCCAUUGUUAAUCCUGAUAUACGUACGCCAAUCCCAAAGUCACCCCAAGAGAUGUUUGAACAACUCUCACAAACUGCUCGUGAUGGAGUAGCUGAAGUGGAAAAUUUCAAAUCUGAAUGGCGGAGUCCAGACAUGAUGGCGAUCUGGGAUCGAAUAGACCAGAUAUUAGCCGAAAGCGGAGGCGAGCAUCCGCCCCUGACGGGGAUGUGGGAGCGGGACUACGAUGAUAUCUUAAAAACACUCAACAGGGAAGAGCAAGGAGAGAAAGAGCGCAAAAAUCGGCUAGAAGAGGAGGAGGAAAAACGCCGAGUGGCGUCCAGUGAAAGUGGAUGGAAAGAUGUCGUUGAAGAGUACAAGAAGAAAGAUAUUCCAAUAACCAUUAAUGUCCCACGGCCGGCUGAUAAUAAUGGCCGCUUCUCCGUCGCGAUCCAGAAACUUUCGCGACAGUUCUAUGUCCUCCAGGGUCCGUCCUAUGACAGCAAGAGCCCCAGAGAAUGGCAGGUGAUGAUAGUGCCUCGAGGGAACACGUCCAAAAUGGAGACGGAAAUAUUGGAUUGCAUCAGGUCUAGAGAGAGGAAAUGGGACCUCCGCUAUCUUCUGGACAUGCUCUGUUCCUAUGCGGACGUUAAAAGGACAAGGUGUUUAAAUUGCCACAAGCUAGCGAAUAUCAACGCCCAACUACCAACCGUCCGAAAACCAACUCAAAUAGAGUCAGCCGACAAUAAAACGACCUUCGCCUGGAAUGCAUACCAUUCAGGUUGUCUCUGAGACCAAAAUUCCGCUGGUAUACCUUCACCAUUUUCAGUGAAUUGAAUUCAACCGGUUUGAAGAAAAUCAUGGCCAUGGUCAUCCCAACCCAAUGGGUACCAAGCCUCGUCCAUCUACUCUCUCCCUCUGAACCAUCCCACACACCUAGCAGCAUCACCGAAGGUUCGCAUCCGGCGCAGGCCUAAUUCACGAUAUCCCAUCCAACUCCACGUCGCCUGGCUCGGCUCGGUAUCAAGGUUAUUCCAUUUCCUCCCUCAUCUUGAAAAGCGUACCUUCUUGGCCGGAAGCCCCCUAAAACAAGAUGAUGGAAACGAUAAUUAAUUCUCAGAACUUAAUACCCCCACCCACAUUGCCAAUAGUCCUCUCCCUUGUUGCUUGAAACAUAUUCAUCCGACCCGGGCCUAUUCUCUUUUCCUCCAUGCCAUUUUCGUUUUGGUGGUGAAAUGAACAACGAUUUCCCUUAACUUAUUCCACAAAAACAAAAGUAUAGAAAUGAAUUUUUUUUUUUUUAUUUUUUUAUUUUAUUUUUUUUCCGAGGAGGGAGGCUUCCUUUACUCUUCCGGAUCCUUCGCUUCCCAAUUAAGAUUUUUAGGCUUGAACGAAUUGGUGCUUGGAAUGACCAUCAUACUCCCCGCCCGCUAUCUCCUGACAUACAUUAUUUGCGCGUCUCCAAAAACAAAGAUAAGCGGGGCAAAUUUAUUUCUGCAUAUUUCCCAAUUCUGUGUGUUUAGAAAAUUAUGACAACUCUGUGCUUUACAUUAUGAACAUUUAUAUAUAGCCUGUCUAUGAGAUACUAAUCAUCAUUCAUCUUCUGUCCUUUUCGCUGCUAGUGUAUGUUGCUUGAGAGUUUUUGGAAGUCUUUUGACUCGGAUGGGAAUGAAUGUUAUUAAAACAGGGAAGAAGUAAAAGAGGAGAGGGAGAAAAUAUCCCUGUGAUCUAUCUGGGAACAUUUUCUUUUGCUUUUUUCUUUUCGUUUUCUUUCAUGCUUUUACUUAUGUGCUAUGAAAGGGGAGACAACGGGAAAAUAUUUGAAAUAAAAUACUAAUAAAAAAGAAAUUGAGUGGGUGGCUACUGUGAGUUUGUUUUAACGACCUGGAAAUUAUGAAAGGAUUAGGG